AUGAACAAUGAAACAAAUCAUCAAUUACUUCGUGAUACUCGUCUACGAACUACACCAUUAGAACGAUUCGCCGCUACUCAACCACAACAACAUAUAAAUGUAGAGAAUUUAAAACAUCGAUCUGACCCAAUACAAAAUUAUUAUGAUUCUGAAAGUUUGGAUAAAAUAUAUGUUACCUCUGAUAAUAAUUUAGAGGAACAUACAAGAUGGCGUACUUGUCCAUCUUUGGUACUACCGACAAGAGAAUCCAUUGAACAACCAAGAUGUCAUGCUUGUGCAGAAGUUGUUUAUCCUUUAGAAGCAUUACAAACAAUUGGUCGAGUUUAUCAUAAAACCUGUUUUAAAUGUCAUCAAUGUCAACGUGUUCUAAGCUUAGGCAAAUACAGUGUUUGGGAAGGCAAUCCAUAUUGUGAACCACAUUAUCUUGUAUUAUUCAAAGCAUUUGUGCAAGAAGAAGUAUCCAAACUAGAACGUCCAAAAUCAAAUGUUACUCAAACAUUAGUAGCCAAAUUUCAAGGAUUAGAAUCUGCAAAUAAUAAUACAACUAGUACACAGAAUUCCCUAUCACAGGAUCAGGUACCACGUAAAAUCUAUUUUAAUUCGAAUCAUGCAGUACAAUCUUCGGCAAACGGUGAAGUAUUCCCAUCGUCAGGUAGAGCUCGUCAAUUGGUAGAACGUUGGAAUAAAAUGCCUCAAGAAAAUAAUAAUCAGACUGUUGGUCGAAUUUCGCCUGAAAUAAAUGGAAAGUCUCAUGUUAUAAACCAACGAAAAUUCUUCCCAGUAGAACCUAAACCAUUGACGAAAAAACCUAUUGAACCAAAGCCAAAAGUUUUGGUUAGUGAAUUAAAACAAAAUUUCAGUCCUAAACGUGAAGAUGAAGCUUACAGUUCUUCCGAGUCAACUGAAAGUGGAAAAAUCACUCAAUAUCAUGUGACAACAAAUGGUAAAACAAAUGAAUUUCCAACUCCAGGUAUUACACGAAAUCUAGUAGCGAAAUUUUCUGCCCUCUCUGCUGCAUCCUAAUGUUGUUAUUCUUACUUUUUAUUAUUAUCAUAAAAUCAAAAAAAAAAAAAUGGCUUAUUAAUUAAUUCCAUAAUUGAUGAUAAUGACAAUGAUUGACUAGGCGAAACAAUUCAAUCAUCAAUGAUAGAUAGAGAGAUAGAGAGAUAUACACUUUUCUUUCUAAUUCUCAAGUUCAUCAUUUACUACUAAUUAAUAUACGCUUUUAAUUCAAUUUUUUGUUGCAAUCUUAACUGUCAUCUCUUUCUUAUGCGGAUCCGAUUUUCUCACAACAACAGAUUUUCUCAAAUUAUCUCCGUUUAUAUAUUAUCUUCUGCAUUCAUUGUGUUUAUUUAUUAACGUUGCUUGUAUUAUUAUUCACUAGUAAUUCAAUGUUGUUCUUGUUCUUGUUAUUAUUUGGAUUAAAAAAGAAGUAAAAAAGAACGAACUAUCAAACCCCCCCCCCCCAUUCAUUAUUAUAUGCUAAUCAUUUUAUUAUUAUUAUUAUUAUUGUUGUUAAUGUUGUCUAUAUUUCUUGUUAACCUAUAAUACUUCGUCAUUUCACCUUCUUGAUAUAUAUAUAUUGGUUUACUUCUCUGUUUGUUCCAUCGAAUUUUAUUGCUGUUGAUUCGAUUUUGAGCUUUGAUUGAUUGAUUGAUUGAUCUGUUGCAGUCAGUAUUCAUUGUGUUCAUUUUUUAAUUGUUUAUGUCACAUCCUGUUUUUACUUAUCCUACAUACAUACAUACAUACAUACAUACAUUGACAUUUGAAUAGUAUGUUUUCUGUUUUUUUUUUGUUCACAAUUGAUGAAUUUAGUCAUGUUUUUCAUUGUCCUAUUGGAUGCUUUCACUCUGUUGUCCAUCUUGUCUCUCUCUAUAUCCUUGUUAUUUCUGUCAUACCUCUAUUCUUGUUUGAUAAUGUUUGAAUAAAAAACUGUGUUUACCAUUCUAUGUGUGUGUUAUUUGAUCGAGUAAAAUUUAAUUUAAUUACAAA